CCUGCUGUAUUUCUUCGACUCCGUUCACCUCCAUUCACACAGUAAAUAAAAGCAUGGAGGCUCUGACUCUCGGGAUCUAAUACCGAACAGCGGGGGGUAAAGACACUGCCGCAUGCGCGUUCCCUUUCACCAAAACACACAGGAAGGAAGCAGGACGGCGGUGAACGCUUUGCCUGUUGGAUUUAACUGGUUUUCCGCGGAGGGGAGGAUUGUAGUUGGAGACAGGAGCGGGGCAGCCCGCCGUGCUGAGCAUGAAGCGGACGGCUGUAGUGGCCAGGCACAAUGGCCUCGUCUCUCCGCUGGGGAACAACAACUCCGGGGCUUCGAGCAUCGUCUCACCACCACAGCCGAGAGCCACUAGUAUCUCCGCUUGUGCCGACAGUGGUGCCGGCGGUGGGAUGGACGGCCUGCUGGAUUUCUCCAAAGGCCCCACCGUCAAAACCGAGCUGGUCUGUAAAUGGAUUGACCGAACUUCUUCGAGACAGAGGCUUGGGCGGACGGCGACAUCCGUCUGCGACCAAACUUUCAGCUCCAUGCACGAGCUGGUGGACCACGUCACCACCGAGCAUGUAGCAGCGGGGCUCGAGACCCUCAGUCAUGUCUGCAUGUGGGACGAGUGUAUGCGCGGCGGGAAGGCGUUCAAAGCCAAAUACAAACUCAUCAACCACAUUCGCGUGCACACCGGGGAGAAGCCUUUUUCAUGCGCAUUUCCCAACUGCGGCAAGAUGUUCGCACGCUCCGAGAACCUCAAGAUCCACACACGCACGCACACUGGUGAGAAGCCAUUCCAGUGUGAGUUUUGCGAACGGCGCUUCGCCAACAGCAGCGACCGGAAGAAGCACUCGCAGGUCCACACGGCUUCGAAGCCCUAUGACUGCAAGGCCCUGGGCUGCACCAAGUCCUACACCCACCCCAGCUCCCUGCGCAAACACAUGAAGGUUCACGUCAAGUUGUCACCUACCUCUGAACCCCAAGACAUGUAUGACUCCAUCCCCCAUCAACUCCAACAACCUCAUCAGGCUCUCCUCGAGCCCCUCGACCUUAAAAUUAACCGCCUCUCUCCAUCACUUGCCAAUACAAACACUCAUUUUCCUCUUCUGUCCAAUCACGAAUUGGAUAUCAGCUCAGCCAGCAAAGUUGACCAUAAGCUGCUGCUGCGGAGUUCAUCUCCAAUGGCAAUGCCUCUGGAUCUCUCUCUGUCAGGCUUGAAGAGUCAGCUGGCCCAGAAGCAACAGAGUGGUAGGACCCCACGGAGGAGCCAGCGCUCAGUCAACCCAGCCUUACCUCAGUUAUCUAACAUUAAGGAGUGGUAUGUCUGUACGAGGAGUACAGCACCACACUUUCCUCUACUUCACCCUGACCAUAUCAAAUCAGAACCUAGUGAUGACGAGGAGUAUGUCACGUAGGAUGGAGGAACUGGUGAAUUUGGACUUGAAGAACAUAUAUUGUCAGACCCAGGUCAGGCCAGAGGAUGCUCUGUGGAAUCAUAGUUGCUGUAAAUUUCCAGAACCAGCACUUGUAUGGUUCAACAUCAGUGGCCCUUCUAAGACGGAGAAGGCUGUGUCAGAUAGAGACUUUUUUACUCUGUCUCUAAUUCAAAACUCAGCUUGGCGAUCAUCACUAUCUGUGGACCAAAAUGCAAUGGCUUAAAUGUUGCCGGAAGGGACAUGACAAAUUCCCUGAUUAUGGUUAUCAAACAAAAUGUUUGACAAAAAACUGCAAGUUACCCAAUCAGUGUUAGCUAGCUAACCUGAACUAACAAAGGGGAUAACAUUGUAUAAAUGGACCAGGGGAUGUGGGGUACUGCUCUGCUUGCUGUUAAAGAAUAUGAAGAGAGUGUGUGUACAUGAUGACCUCUUUAGGGAGACAGAUUAUUGACCAAUUUAUCUAAGAGCUCCAUCUAGAGAAAGCAAUUAAAAGGGCUACAUUGACACUGAUGGAAAGUGGUUAAUGUUAACCUGAGCUCACGAUAGCACUGUAUACAUGGUAACACAGCAGGUCCAAAACAGCAGGCACACUGGGUGGAGGUAAGUGUGUGCUUGUUAUGGCCUCAGUAUGUUUUAAACAAACUAGCUUGUACAUCAGAUAGUUAGAAAAAUUGUUGGAAGCAGCUGAUUGUGCUGUCAGAAAAGGGGGUUACCGACACUGUUAGGUGAUCUGACAAGCACUUUGUUUGAAGCAAACUGAAGCCUUUACUAACAAAUCAUUGGUAGUAACUUGUUCAAAAGUGUUUUAUGUGAUCACAGUCUAAUCCAACACAGUAGCAAGCAGUGAAGCUGCAGUUUGAAGACAGUGGGACUGAUCCUUCUUUGUACUGAUCAUCAAGUGUCUCCUUAACCUCUUCGACUCUAUGGACCUUUCAGUGGGUUAAUCGCCUGCAUUUGUUUACACGUCAUGUACAAUUUAGUCAAGACCCCAAGGUUUCCAAAUUUAUCAUAAAUGUCAUACACAUAUUCCUUUAACAUGAAAAUGUGUAUUAAAUGAUGCACACAA